UUCUUUUGCCAAAAUUCCGCAAGAAACCGGAAUGACGUACUGGGAAACGUUUUUAAUAACCUACCCGGAUGUGACGAAUACCAAGGCUUUGUUACGACUGAAACGCUAACUUAUAAUAUGUAGUAGUCGAUGUAAUAGUUCCCGUUACAGAGUUGGUGUCAACAUCUCCUGCAAAAUGAGCAAGCUGAAAGAUUCAACUCUCGUCUUAGAGUCUGAUGACUCUCGUGCACAUAUAUAUAAAGUGAAAGUCGACCAGCCAACUAUAUUAAGCAAGAGGAAAAUGCUAUUGCUUGGGAUAGGAAUUCUUGCAAUAAUAAUGAUCAUUAUUGUUGUUGUUGCUGUCGUGGUACUGGCAUUAAAAGCAYGUGAUGAACAACUAGGGAAAAUAAGGUAUCCUGUGAUUCUGAUAUCUAUGGAUGGUUUUAAGUAUAGUUAUUUGGGCAGAGGAACUGCACCAAAUAUUCAGAAAUUAGCCAAGAAUGGUAUACGUGCUAAGUUUCUACAGCCACAGUUCCCCACAAAAACUUUUCCAAAUCACUACUCAAUAAUAACUGGAUUGUUUCCAGCUCAUAAUGGCAUAGUUGGGAACAGUUUCUAUGACCCUACAUUGAAGGACACCUUUAAGAUAGGUGGAAAAAGUUCAUUUGACUCUAAAUGGUGGAAAGGAGAGCCACUUUGGCAGACUGCCAUGAAGAAUGGGCUUGUUGCUGCCUCAUACUUUUUCGUAGGAUCCGAGAUACCUAUUAAAGGAAUGCGGCCAAACUUUACAAUGUAUUAUAACCAGAGCCAUCCAUUCGAGGCCCGUGUUGAAAAAGUGCUCCAAUGGUUAGAUCUUCCUGUUCGAGGAAGCCACGGAAAAAGACGUCCUGAUUUUAUCACUUUGUAUUUCCACGAACCUGAUUCUUCUGGUCAUCGCUACGGACCAGACUCCCCUGAAGUUGAUAACCAAACAAGGUACGUCGACAAGAUGAUUGGAAUGCUGUUCGAUGGACUGGAGGAGAGGUCACUCAAGGACAAAGUUAACGUCAUCAUGCUGGCAGACCACGGAAUGGCUUCUACAAACUGUAGUGCUAAGAAGAYAACUUAUUUAGACGAGUAUGAUGUUACUUUAAAUGACAUUUUCUCUUUACAAAAAUAUGGAGGACCCUUUAUGUCACUUAGCCCAAAACRAGGUGGAUCUUUAAAUAAAACCGAAAUUCUUUCGCGCAUUCAGUGUAAGUCUCGUUACAUGCGGGUAUUUGCCAAAGAGGAACUUCCUAAGAGGUUGCACUACUCCUACGGCAGUCGUAUUGGAGACAUCAUAGUGAUAUCGGAAGAUGGCUGGUUAGUGGGUACAAACUCUUCAUUACCUUGUUACAGAAACAUAGGUUACCAUGGAUAUGACCCGAUGGCYGAGAGCAUGAGGGCUUUAUUUGUUGCUUACGGGCCGUCGUUUAAGAAGGGCGUUGUCGUCGAUCAUUUUAGUAAUACGGAAAUUUACAAUAUGAUUGCAAGCCUCCUUGAUAUUACUCCGGCACCCAACGAUGGAAUGCCGGGUAGUCUGCAACACUUACUUAGCUCUACUGUUGAUGCUCCAAAGCCCAUUCUCCAAGGAGACGGCAAACUGUUUGAUCAAGAAACCUGUAAAUAUCCUGGAAAGAAUGUUGCCGCUGAGCGCAGAGACUGCAGAUACUGCGUGUGCCCCUACUGUGACUUGAAAAGGGAUUCUUCUAAGCUCAAAGUCGAAGAGUUAGAUGAUUUGUUAGAUCUUACGAGCAAGCAGGUUUCCCAAUAUCAGAGACAUAACUUACCAUGGGGACUUCCUCAAGGAGGUGCUGGUGAAGGAGGCUGUAUCCUGAACCAAAAGGAAUACAUCAAUGGAUUUAGUACCUACCUGAGAGUGCCCCUCUGGGUGGGGUACAGAUUGGAUGGGGAGAAAGCAGGUCAAAGAAUUCCACGACAGAAUUGCUUCAGACAUGAUGUCCGUCUAACUUAUAACCAGACUUCUACGUGCACUCAUUUUUAUAAGUCAGGAAUGGAYCGAGGUCACCUGGUACCGAAUGCCGACUUUGAUUACAAUGCAACCGCUGCAUUGAACACGUUUAUUCUAAGCAACAUAGUGCCACAGUACUAUAUCUUUAAUAGAGGUGAUUGGGCAAAUCUUGAAGAUUAUGUUCGUGAUCUGGCGAUAAAUUUUACUACUGUUUACGUCAUUUCCGGUUCUAUUUUCGAUAAAAAUGCUGAUGGAUUGCGUGACGAAGAUAAAUCUGUCAGUAGGUGGAUUAAAAACCAAGUAAACACGGUUGCAAUACCAACGCAUUUUUACAAGAUAAUCGUGCGAUGUGACGAAACUAAAACCCCGUAUUAUGAAGUUCCCGGAUGUGAUGGUCGCCUCGAUGUCAUGUCUUUURUUUUACCACACAACGACAAAGGCCACUGUUGGUUUCAGAAUUUUAAAGAAUACUUGCUGGACAACUCGGCUACRGUUAGAGACAUCGAAAAGUUAACUGGUUCAACCUUCUUCAGCGGUUUACCCCCACUGGAGCAGGCGCGACUUAAAACAUUUACACCUGUAGAAUURUGGUUAUAGUUAAUUGAUUGGUAUACAUUAAGGUUUAGGUUUUUACGUAAGCUAAUAUGAUUUGAAAUUUCGAAAGCUCUUUAUCAACCAUUAACGAGUUCAUAUAUGAUUUUUUAUUUCGAAAAUAUGAUAUUCAAAUAUAUUGAAACAAAUUUUGAUUCAAAAAUACUAUAGGUGAUCUAAUUUAAUUCUGAUAUGUUAGCUUUAAUUAUGAAUUGGAUUCUCUUGAUGACAAUGAUUUAGCAGAUCAAUUUAUAAGAUAACAAACACGCCAAAAAAACGAAAAAAUAUCGUAUUCUGAUGUAUUUGUAAAGAAUGACGCGAGCGUGUUUUGAUACCCUCAUCAAAAAUGGUUUUCGACCAAUCGUAGCGCGAGUACUAUCCCAAUUAUUUUAUAAUUUACAUCUAUAUGUUCACGAUGAAAAUUAUCUGUAUACUUUAUUUGUGAGUGUGAGAGAAAUACUAUAAUAUUAUUUUCUCUUUUUCUAUUAAAAUAAUAAAGCUGAAAAUGCUGCUGAAAUGAUGUAAGGUGAAUAAUGUCAGUGAAACGAAAAAUUAAAGAUCACGAAGCCGGGA